AUGCCUCCAUUUGCAAACGCGCCGUCUUCGGCGGUCCAAAUUCUCCCACUAUCGCCCUUCAAGCCCGAUCUCUACGAGCGCGCUUGGUGCUCAGUACCCCAUCCGACUCUACCGCUUCUCGCGACCGCUCAUUCUAAAUCGGUCACCAUUUACUCGCUGUCUUCUCUCUCCUCCCACAGCAACCUCUCCGGAGGCCAUACGCGCUCCGUCCGCUCCGUCGCCUGGAAGCCCAAUCUACCUCCUCAUCAGCUCUGCCUCGUCACCGGCAGCUUCGAUUCGGCCGCCGGCCUCUGGCGUUGGGACGGCGAACUGCCCUUUUCCGGCAACGACUCGGCCGCAGAGCCCUUAGAGAUCGACCUAGGCUCAUCACGACGCCCAACCGCAGAUGGCGACAGCGACGGCGACAAGGAUUGGGAAUUCACAUUAGUACUCGAAGGUCAUGACUCGGAAAUCAAGGGUGUUUCCUUCGCUCCCUCCGGCGCGUAUCUUGCCACCUGCAGCAGAGACCAGACCGUAUGGAUAUGGGAAGACGUUGGUGCGACGGAGGGGGACGACGAGUGGGAGACGGUUGCUGUGCUGAACGAGCACAACGGUGAUAUGAAGGGCAUUGCGUGGUGCCCUGACGUGCCCGGUAGAAACUCACGGAGGAGAUACAGUGCCGACGUCCUCGCAAGCGCCAGCUACGACAACACAGUACGCAUAUGGCGUGAGGACGGCGAUGGGGAGUGGGUUUGCGUUUCUGUGCUCGAGGGUCACGAAGGCACGGUCUGGGGAGUGCAAUGGGAACAGAAACCGAGGGGAGACAACGGGUUUCCCAGACUGGUGACUUACUCCGCGGACCAGACGAUACGAAUAUGGAGCUUGCAAGAGGAGGACGAUGGAGAAGACGGAGGCGUCGCAGCAGGCUUUCGUUCGGGUCUGGGGGGCAUUCCCAACACUAUGCGGAGGUCACUCCGCGAAGAAUGGGUUUGCACUGCCAUACUGCCCAAGGCACAUACGAGGGACAUCUACUCGGUGGCGUGGAGUGCGGCGACGGGUCUGUUGGCCAGCACUGGUAGCGACGGCGUAAUCGCCAUUUACCGAGAAGACGAGAGUGCGAGCUCAGGAGAGGUGAAUGUAUCCCCCGCAAACGGAGACGGCGAGGCCUCGACUGCGAAAACCAGUAAGCUGGUAGAGUCUGGCAAAUGGCACGUUGAGACGACUGUGUCCAACGCACACGGUCCGUACGAGAUCAACCAUGUCACUUGGUGCAAGAGGUACGACGCAGGGUCGAAGAGGAAAGGUGUGGAAGAGAUGCUUGUGACGACGGGCGACGAGGGACUGGUUCGGCCUUGGGAGGUGAUCAUGUAG